AUGGCGCGCUGUUUCGCACCGCAGUGGCGCAGUGCGCAGCGUGCAUUCUGUACCGGCACAUCAGAACGUCUGUCAUCCUACUCGUCUGUGGACCCUGUCGAUAUCGCACACUUUGCGCGGCUUGCCGAGCACUGGUGGGACGAGGACGGGGAAUUCAAGCCGCUGCACAGGAUGAACCGCGUGCGCGUGCAGUUUAUGCGCGAGAAGCUCGACGAGGUGUAUGGAUGGGAUGCAGCGAUGGCAGACGUGCUUGGCAAGCCGAUCGCGGCGCGCGCGGCGCCGGCGGAAUUCCUCCGCGGGACGCGCCUGCUCGAUAUCGGGAGCGGCGGCGGCAUUUUGACCGAGAGCGCCGCGCGACUGGGCGCUAGUGUUACUGGUGUGGAUGCUACCGAGGCAAACAUCCGCACCGCGCUGUUACACGCCGAGCAGGAUCCAAGCCUGCACGUUCGCACCGAUCCGCACACGUCACAAGCGCAUUCGCUCGCGUACGUGCAUGGGACGGCCGAGUCGCUGCUUGCGUCCGGCAAGCAAUAUGAUAUCGUGACUGCGAUGGAGGUUGUCGAGCAUGUGCACGAGCCUGCCGAGUUUCUGCGCUGCAUCGGGAGCCUCUUGCGGCCGGGCGGGCACCUAUUUCUCUCUACCAUGUCGCGCACUGCGCUCUCCUACGUUUUGACUAUUUUUCUCGCGGAGAAUGUGCUGCGCGCAGUGACGCCCGGCACACACCGGCACGCCCAGUACAUCAAUCCCCACGAAAUGGUCGAGUUUUUCAAGACGAUGGGCUGGAUUCGCACUGGCGAUCCGGAUGCGGUGCCGCGCGCGCGUCUUUCCAACGGCGCGCCUGUGGCGCCUGUGCCGCCGCGCCUGCAAUUUGAGACGCGCGGCACCAUGUAUCUGCCCGUGCUGGACCGGUGGGUGCUUGCGCCGCAGCGCGUCGCGGAUGCGCAAGCGACGGCGCAAAAUACACCGCGCUGGAUUCCCUCGGCGCUGGGCGGAGCGCAGCGUAUCACGGAGCAAUGCAACUACUUUUUCUGGGUGCGCAAGCCGCUGGAUGCGUGA